UACUAUGACAACGAAGUCAAACAAAUAGGAGAGGUUUAGCAAAAAGAAAUUGAGUAUUUUAUUAUUUCAAGGAAAUCAUGGAAUAUUUACAGAUAAAGGAUGGUCAAUACACCAAAACUAUUUAUACUAUGAUAAAAGAAGCCAGAUACGACGACGCAAUUAAAGCUCUCAACGAUGCCAUAAAUUUCAAUCCCAAUCGUGCUGGACUCUCUCUGCUUGGGUACUGCUACUUCAGAAGCCAGUCCUUUGUAGAGGCUGCCAACUGCUACGAACAACUGGUGGCCAUGCACCCUGACGUUCCAGAAUACAAACUUUAUUUCGCUCAAGCUCUUUACGAAGCAUCUAUGUUUGAUGAAGCGUAUAAAGUGACUAUGCAAAUAACCGCCCCAGAAUUAGAACGAAAAGUCGUCAAGUUACAAUCGGCGAUAAAAUACGGCGAAGAAGACACAAUCUCAGCCAAAAGUUUAGUAGAUUCGUAUCCGAUGGAGGAUCCCGACAAAGAUAUAAAUCUAGGAUGUUUAAUGUUUAAGGAUAACCAAUACGAAGAAGCUUUGCAGAAGUUUUCCAGGAGUCUUAAUGUACUAGGAUUUAAUGCACAUCUACAUUAUAAUAUUGCACUUUGCUACUUUCGCCUUAAGGAGUAUCCGCAAGCUUUGAAACAUAUCACUUUAGUAAUCGAAAGAGGUAUACGUGAUCAUCCAGAAUUAGCUGUAGGAAUGCAAGCAGAAACAUCGGAAGUAAAAUCAGUUGGAAAUACUCUUACCCUUCAUGAAACGGCUCUAACUGAAGUGUUUAAUCUAAAGGCCGCUAUUGAGUAUCAAUUGAAGAACAUUGAAUCCGCUCGAGAAGCGUUGAGUGAUAUGCCGCCUAGACACGAACACGAGUUGGAUGCAGUAACAUUGCAUAAUUUAGCCUUAACUUCUAUUGAUGUAAAACCGACAGAUGGUUUUGAGAAGAUGCAUUUUUUACUGCAACAGGACCCAUUUCCACCUGAAACUUUUGCUAAUUUAUUGCUCCUGUACUGUAAGUUUGAAUAUUAUGACCUCGCGGCUGACGUGUUAGCCGAAAAUGCUCAGUUUACGUACAAAUAUUUAACACCAUACUUAUAUGACUUCUUAGAUGCCAUAAUAACGAGUCAAACCUCUCCAGAAGAAGCAUUUCAAAAGUAUGAAGACAUCGCAUCCAAGCACGCAGAACAAUUGCGGAAACUUACGAAAGUGGUCCAAGAAAGUCGCUCGCAAGGUGACAAUGAUCAGGUUAAGAAAGCUGUAGUUGAAUAUGAAGAAGCUCUAGAAAGAUAUAUUCCUGUGGUGAUGGCACAAGCUAAAAUUUACUGGGACAUGGAAAACUACGGACAAGUUGAAAAGAUUUUUCGGAAAUCUGUUGAAUUCUGUAAUGAAUCAGACGUGUGGCGUCUAAAUGUAGCUCACGUCUUAUUUAUGCAAGAAAAUAAGUAUAAAGAGGCUGCUAGUUUCUACGAACCAAUCGUCAAGAAACAGUACGAUAAUAUUUUAGAUGUGAGCGCAGUCGUUUUAGCCAAUUUAUGCGUCUCUUAUAUAAUGACAUCGCAAAACGAAGAAGCUGAAGAUAUUAUGCGUAAAAUAGAGAAAGAAGAAGAACAGCAGAUAUUUGAAGACCCAUUAAAGAAAUUUUAUCACUUAUGUAUAGUGAAUCUUGUCAUCGGAACAUUAUACUGUGCCAAGGGUAACUAUGAAUUUGGCAUUUCCCGAGUGAUAAAGUCACUGGAACCAUUCAACAAGCGGCUGGGAACAGACACCUGGUUUUAUGCGAAGCGUUGUUUCCUGUCAUUUCUAGAAAACUUAGCAAAACACUUGAUCGUCGUGAAAGAUAACACUAUCAAGGAUUGUCUUCAAUUCCUGGAGGGUUGUGAGACAUACGGAAGACGCGUGAGCACUGUCAUCGAGAGCCCGUUCCAAGAGGAGGAUGCGAAUACUAAAGCUAAACAAACAGUCACGUACGAAGCCCGUCUUUUGAGAUACAUGUUUUAUAAGCUUCGGAACAUCGAUGAUUCCGUUACGAUUAAUAAAUAUGAAGAUUUAAAGUAGAACUAACCAGGAGG